UGACCUUUUUCUGCGAAAGUGCGUGUAUUAUUUACAUUUGUUACGAAUAGUUAGUCACGAAUCAUUAGUAAAGCAUGCCGAAGGAAACUAGACGUUCGAAGAGGAGUUCUCGGGCGGUUAGGCGACUUGAGCCAUACAACAAAAGCCCUAGUCAGCGAGGUAAUAGUCGAUCAAGUCAAGGAUCAAGGCACGAAAGCCCGGAGCGCGAGGACCCUCCAAACCGAACCGAGGAACCGCCAAGUUGGGCAAAGGAGCUGUUGCAGCAGCAGAAACUGUAUUCGAAAGAGUUAAAGAAGCUGAAGAACGAGAUUGAUGAUGCGAAGCUUCGAAAACAUGGCAAACUGAGCGAUCCGGAGCCGGAGUUUCGCUUCGAGGGAAACAAAAAGCAGUACAAACUUAAUCGCGACGUCUUGGAUAAAAUUGACAGGGCUAAGAAUACGAGUGAUGAUGAGUCUAGGUCCGAGCUCCUCGAAGAAGGUGAGCAACUUCUUUUAGAACGGAAUAAGCACAUUUGUCUUGCCGAUAAAUAUGGGUGGGACACGGUGGAAUGUUAUGCAGCCGAGCCGCUUGCUAGUGAUUCUGGCGACGAAAAACGGAUAAAAAAGGCCAUCAAAGAAAGCAAGCAACUCAGGGAGGAGAAACGAAAGGCAGCUGCAGCGAAGUGGAAACCGAAGAAGUCGCCCCUACCACGAGGAGUUGAUGGGUCGAAACGUGUGGUUGAAAAAACCCAUAACUUCCGAACGGCGGGAAUGUCGUCCAACGUGGCACGUGACCCCAAGCAGUUGUGUUUUCGCUGCGGUCGAAACGGCCAUUACGCCCGGGAUUGCCGUGCAUCAGUCGCAAGUGGAAGUCCAGGAUGGGGCCAGAACAAUGGGCAAUCAUCUGGAAGUCAACAGUGAUGCCCUGAACUUCCCCCUAGAAGAGAGUGUAUAUAGAGGAUAUCUUGAGUUCGAGAAUGUUGAUUUUGCUUGUCCCACGGUUGUGAAAGGCAGAUUGAGGGAGAAUAUUUCGUUUUGGCAGAACAUUGGGGCUAGCAGGUGGGUGCUGCGUGUCCUUCAAGAAGGCUAUAGCUUACCAUUUAUUUCCCUUCCUCAGGAGGCAUUUUUCAGGAACCAUCCCAGUGCUGUCGAGGAUAAUGUUUUUGUUUGCACUGA